AUGUCGGACACCGACCCCCCGCCACCGCCGCUCGCGUCCUCGCUUCAGAUCUCCUUCCCAUUUCUCCAGGGGGGAGGCAAGAUUCGGGAAAGGAAACCCCCUCAGACAGGCGGAGAGCUACCCAGCCCGCUGCCCACCAAACGCACCCGCACAUACUCGGCGACGGUACGAGCGAAAUCAGGUCCCGUGUUUAAAGGCGUGUGCAAGAACUUCUCCCGCUCGCAAGGUCACGGAUUCAUUCGGCCCUCUCAUGGAGGAGAAGACAUCUUUGUCCAUGUUUCUGACAUCGAGGGCGAGUACGUGCCGACGGAAGGCGACGAGGUGACGUACAAGGUGUGCCCCAUUCCUCCCAAAAUGCAGAAAAUCCAGGCGGUGGAGGUGGCCAUCACCCACCUGAAUCCGGGAAGCAAGCACGAGACGUGGUCGGGUCAGAUCAUCAGCUCUUAG